GUGGUGAGGCGCGCCGCCUCUCCCCGAGAGGGUUCCGUCUGCCGCCCUCUCCCUUGCCUAAUAAAAGUGCAAGGGUGGCGAGCGUCGUGAUUGCCAGACGCCCACCUUGGGAAGAAUCCGGCCCUUCUUCUUUCAUUCUCUCGGAACUGCCGCGCACGCCUCUCUUGUUCCUGCUAGAGGUGCUGAAGGAGGGGAAUUGGCUGCUUGCUCGCCCCCUGUCUAAAACAGGUGAGAAGACACCACCAUGUCUGCUGCAUUGUUGCCCAAACCCCAGAUGAGAGGCCUCCUGGCCAAACGUCUGAGAAUACACAUCGUAGGGGCCUUUCUUUUUUCCUUUGGAUGUGUAGCUCUGUACAAGUUUGGUGUGGCUGAUCCCAGGAAAAAAGCAUAUGCAGAGUUUUAUAAAAACUAUGAUGCCACGAAGGAAUUUGAGGCCAUGAGGAAAGCUGGGGUGUUUGAAAGUGUGGGACCCAAAAGUCCAUAAGCAGACCCUUCUGUCUGGAUACCUGACAGCUGAACAUCAUUGUUUCAGUAAACUAUACCUUGUGAUCCACUUUGGUGUUGAUCAUGCUGUAAUGUUGCUUAUUAAAUAAAGUACUUAAGUCAAA